AUGGUACAUUUUAUUCGUUUAGAAUACCAAUAUGGUGGCAUUCCCCAACCAGGCCAGAAUCCUUCUUAUACACAAUUUUCUCAGUAUCCAAAUGCUGGUGGUGACCAGGGUGCCCAAUUUAUUCCAAAUUAUGCUCUUCCUCAAGGCAAUCCCCAAGCUGCUGUUUUUGGUCAACCGCCUUUCAAUCCAAAUCCAUAUCCGCAGACAGGUGCCGCAAUGACAGUUCCACAAUUAGGUGGCCAGAUAAAUCCAGCUCAACUUGCUGGUGCCGGGUUUUCUUAUGGCGAUUAUUCCCACUUUAAUCCCUACAGUCAAAAUGCUGGUCUUCAACCUCAUAUGAAUGACAUGCAGCAGUUUAGCCAAUUACUUCCGAGUCUUAAUCAAUCGGCUGUUCGAAAUAUGUAUGAAGCGCUUGCUCAGGAUAGAGCUUUAUCCGGUUUUAACACUGGUGCAUAUGUCCAAGAUUCUCCAAAUGUUGGAGGAUUUUCCAAUAAGGCAUUCAGUGGACAUCAACGGGGGAUGAAUAAUUUUGAAAACGGUAAUCGCUCUAGUAAUUUGCCCAGUGUGACUAAUCCUGAUGGACUUCGCGAAGAUACUGUAUUUGUCAGUAAGUUACCUCAAAAUAUUGACCACGAAACCAUGAAGGCUCAAUUUGGAACAGUCGGUAAAAUUAAGAUGAAUGUUAAAAGUGGAAUGCCAAUGAUAUGGAUUUUUAAGGAAAGAGGUAUUCCCAAAGGUGAUGCUUUGGUCACGUAUGAAGAUCCUCUUUGUGUUCAAAAGGCAAUCAAAUACUUUUCUGAAAAUGAUUUUAUGGGGAAAAAAAUUGAGGUUAAGCAGGCGAAAAACAGUCAAAGACCUGUGAUUAUUCCAAGUAGUGGUCAACAAAAUUCUACUGCCCAGGGAAAUGGGAGGAAUAGUAAUGAUAUGUCUUCAUUUUGUGGUAAUCAGUCAAUGGAUAUGUACGGGGUGCAGUUCAAUUCUAGGAAUGAUGUUGCCUCAAUGUCAGGUGCUAGAAAUCCUGGACAAAUGAGAUCAAUUGGAGGCCGUGAUCAAUGCAAUCCUUGUGGGGCACCACGUCCGGACGACGGUAUGAUGGCUGGCGGUGGCAUGAUGAUGAUGCCGGGGGCUGGUGGUCCACCACAAUCUCAACGUGGUGUCAUGCUUCCACAGGCUUCUCAUCCGCAGAUGAUGGGAAAUGGUGGUUCGAUAAUGCCACCGGGACCCCGCGGUCCACCACCUCUUAGAAUGGGCGCUGCCCCACAACAGAGGGGAUCUAUGCCACCACCUAUGCGUGGCGGUGUCCUUGGUCGUGGAAUAGUUGGUGGGCCCAUGCGUGGCAGUUCAAUUAAUGCUGGGCGUAACAUGCGUACCAAUCCAUACUAA